ACACAUUCCAAAAUCUUACAACUUGCAAGAUUCCUGAAUAGGUUAAUCCGUGUACACAGCUGAUUAUCUGCGAUUACCAAGCAGCCUGACACGUUUCAUUCACGUGGUCGAACUUGAAGAGGAACGUAAGACGCGAUUGACCUGAUAAAAAGUGACAGAUCGUAGAAGUGUCAUUCGCUCAAGGCAUCGACCUAAGUUGCGCAAAGUAAAUGGAAUCAUUAAUGAGACUCACUCGAAGCAUAUGUAAGCUACAAUGAGGUUAGCCGAUCGCUUCCCAAAGGCUCUUCAAUUGGAUUCUUCGAUCAACAACUCAAAACCACAACGUCGUUCUCCUAUCGCGCGAAUUUGCGCGGAUUUUUAAUCGUUAAUGCUUUUUAUCAGAUGUCCAUCGAAUGGCAAUGUUUACAUCCAGGAGGCUGUUCAAGAUCGCUGCUGUUGGAACAAUUGGGUUUGGCACUCUGGCAUCUCUCAGAGCAAACGAGUAUGACAUCGGAGCCAUUGGAAUCGUACGGCUGAGCCGGGCCGCUCUUGCAGUGUUUGACAUAGGUCGUCAUUACAAGAAGGAAUUGUAUAGCAGUAAAUUAAACAAGACGUCGACAGAGUAUUUGCAGAUAAAAUCAAACGUUCACAAGUAUGGAGCGCAGAGGCUGCUGAAACUCUGUUGCACCAACAAGGGGGUCUACAUCAAAGUGGGUCAGCAUAUUGGAGCGUUGGAAUACUUGCUGCCCCCGGAGUACGUGCAUACCAUGCGAGUCCUGCACAGUUCAGCGCCCCAGUCCUCGUUCAAGGACGUCCUCACUGUGAUCAAGGAGGACUUUAAGCGAGAUCCGUACGAAAUAUUUCAGAGCAUAGAUCCGGAACCUCUGGGCACCGCCAGUCUUGCUCAAGUGCACAGAGCUGUGCUCAGGAACGGCGACGUGGUGGCUGUUAAAGUACAGCAUCGCGCUGUCAAGAGCAACUCGUAUGUCGACAUCAAGACUAUGUCGGCCCUGGUGAAGCUCACGUCACUAGUGUUUCCGGACUUUAAGUUCGACUGGCUAGUCGAUGAAACGAAGAAGAAUAUUCCGCAGGAACUGGAUUUCACUCGCGAGGGCAAAAACGCUGAGAAAGUACAGAGACUCUUCGUCAAUUAUCGCUGGUUGAGAGUGCCCAAAAUAUACUGGGAUGUGUCGUCGUCGCGAGUUCUCACGAUGGAGUUCCUAGAUGGCGGACAGGUGAACGAUCUCGAGUACAUGCGUGCCCAUCAGCUGAAUCCAUACGAAGUCACCAGCAAGCUGGGUCGUUUGUACAGUCACAUGAUCUUCAUCGAGGGCUUCGUACACUCGGAUCCACAUCCAGGUAACAUUCUGGUUCGCAAUCGUGAUUCCCAGGCAGAGAUUGUGCUGUUGGAUCACGGUUUGUACGCUAAUCUGUCCGAUCAGUUUCGCUGGGACUAUUCCAAGUUGUGGCUGGCGAUCCUCGACGGGGAUCGGGUUGCUAUGAAGGAGCAGUGCACGAGACUCGGUGUCGCCGAUUACUAUGGUCUGCUGUCAUGCAUGGUAUCGGGCAGGACGUGGGAUACGAUCAUGUCUGGUGUGCGUAAAACUCGGUAUAACAUCCAGGAGAGGGAAAUGUUUCAACGGGAAAUUCCGAACUUGUUGCCACAGAUCAGCACCGUCCUAGAUCGUGUUAAUCGGCAGAUGCUGCUGAUUCUUAAGACCAACGAUCUGAUGCGCGGCAUCGAGUACUCGCUACGCACUCAAUCCAGAAUGUCGGCUAUGAUGGAGAUGUCCAAGUGCUGCGUGCGUUCCGUAUACGGCGAGAAAUUUAAGCAUUGUUCAAAUAUGUGGGACAAGUGCUGGGUAUCCUGUGCAGAGCGCUGGGCACUCUUUAAAUUGUCAGUCUAUUAUGUUUACUUGGGCUUGAGAAACUUCGACCUGAACAAGUCGGUGGAUUCCUUGUGGACAAAGGACUUUUAUUCGUUUUAAUGAAAGCUUUCAUUAGGCCAAAUAUAUUUUUUAAUAUUUAAUACUUAGAAGGUGUCUCAAAAAA